AUGAACUUUGAGGAUGUGGCCAUUGCCUUCUCUCAGGAGGAAUGGGGGCUACUUGAUGAGCCUCAGAGACUUCUCUACUGUGAUGUGAUGCUGGAAGUUUUUACACUUGUACCAUCUGUUGAAAAGCCAUAUAGGUGUAUUGAUUGUGGAAAGUCCGUCACUCUGAAGUCCAGACUCAUUCAACAGCACAAAGUCCACACUGGAGAAAAGCGCAAUGAGUGUCACGAUGCAGGAAGUCCUUCACUCAAAACUUUACCGUCACUCAACACCAGAGUUCACACUGGUGAAAAACCUUAUGAGAGUAGUGAAUGUGGGAAAUCUUUUACCUGCAUUAAUCACCUCCUUAUCCAUAAGAGAGUUCACACUGGAGAAAAUCUAUAUGACUAUAGUGACUGUGGAAAUUCCUUAGGCAACGCAGUAACUUCACUCAAUACCAGGGAGUUCACAGUGCUGCAAAACCUUAUGAGAGUAGUGAAUGUGGGAAAUCUUUUACCUGCAUUAAUCACCUCCUUAUCCAUAAGAGAGUUCACACUGGAGAAAAGCUAUAUGCAA